AUGUUCGAGCUUAACUGUGGUAUCCGCCUUCGUGCUUUCAAGUCCCAACCUGCGGAUGAUAUUGAAAACAUACUCAGCCUUUAUAACAACAUACAAAUUUCUCCGUUCAUCUCCCCCCUUUUCGCUGUUCCUCGAGGAGACAAGUUCAAAAAGGAGUUUCAAGACCUUAUCAGCAAUGAAGCAGAAAUGUUUUGUAUCAUCGAAACCAUACCAGGUCAGCCCGCUGGCACGGAAUCCGAUAGUAAAAAGCAACCGGAGCCCGAGUUUAUUGGAUUUACCGGACUGUGGGGGUUGUUGGAACGCGGCCACAGACAUACAAACUACGCCAUCAUCAUGCAACCCAAGUUCUGCAACAAAGGGUAUGGUCAAAAAAUUACACGAUUCAUGAUCGAUCAUGCCUUUGUGCACAUGAAUAUGCACCGUAUAUCUCUUGAAGUCUACGAGGGUAACGAUCGUGCCAUCAAUGUGUACAGAAAACAGGGAUUCAUCGAAGAGGGCCGACAGCGUAAAGCGAUGUGGAUAAAUGGUGGUUGGAAGGAUGUCAUUCAUAUGGGAAUUCUUGUUGAGGAAUGGAAAGAAGGGCAAAACAGUCGUGUUGAAGCAGGACAUAUUUAA